AUGUACGUUCGAGCACGAUAUAAUCUUGGAAUAAGUUGUAUGCAUCUGAAUAGCUAUCGAGAAGCAGUAGAACACUUUGUCUCAGCCUUAGAACUUCAGAAAGGUGGAUCGGACAGCUCAUCCAUUUGGCCAACGCUGAGGUCCGCCACAAUACGUAUGCCAGAUGCUCCAAAUGAAAUACUGCCAGCACUGGAUCAUCGAGAUUUGAACGAGUUCAAGGCAGCAAUGUCCAAAAUGCGACCUUUAUAA